AUCUCAGAACAAGAAUCCGAUUCUCCCAUUGCAAUUUCUCCACCAUAGUUUUCCCAUUUCAGGAAUAAUCGAAUCCAACGCAAACCACAUUUUGAUUUUCGAUUUUGAUCCUCACCAUUUCUGCAGCCUCACUUAGAUCGAACCGCUACCAGCAACUUCCACUGAAGUGGGAAGAAGAUGGAGGGCACUGUGUUUGCUCCCGCUUUGGAAGGAUUCAAGACUGUCAAGUCCGACCAAGGAGAGAUUCUGACCAAGCCUUUCUUGGAUGUCUGCAAGCAGAUUUUACCUAUUAUAGAUAAGUUUGGAGCUGCUAUGACCCUUGUUAAAUCAGACAUCGGAGGUAACAUAACGAGAUUGGAAUCUAAAUAUGAAUCCAAUCCUGCCGCAUUCAACCUCCUGUACAGUUUGGUACAAGUUGAGAUUGAAGCGAAAACAGCAAAAGCGUCAUCCAGCUGCACCAAUGGUCUUCUUUGGUUGACAAGAGCAAUGGAUUUCUUGGUAGAGCUGUUCCGGAACUUACUGGAGCAUCAAGAUUGGGCAAUGUCAGAGGCUUGUACAGAUUCCUAUGGCAAGACCCUGAAAAAAUGGCAUGGAUGGAUUGCUAGUUCAACUUUCAGUAUUGCCAUGAAGCUUGCUCCUGACAGAAAGAAGUUCAUGGAGGUGAUAGAAGGCAACGGCGAUGUCAUGGGUGAUAUAGAGAAAUUCUGCGAUGCCUUUACACCUCUUCUUCAAGAGAAUCACAAGUUUUUGACUAGUGUGGGCAUGGAUGAUUUGAAGGCUUCGUAAUUGAGACGGUUUUCUGAUGAGAGGAAGCUUGUACCCAUGGAUCAUGUUGACAUGAGAGAUUGGAUGAAACUAAAGAACAACCCUCUGAUGGAUGAUGCAGGUAGUGGUGUUCCCUUUCCCGAAAUCCUAGCAUAUGGAUUUCUUUUCUAUAAAGAAUCGAACUCUUGACUUAUCUUCGCCUUCCUACGUUGUCUCACCAUUUGGGCUAGCUCGUAAAUGAGACAUGAGCUAGUUCGUAAAAGGGUAUUAACCUUUCCGUACUCUUAUAGGUUGUAUAGACAUGUUGCACUUUAGAUUUGUACAAACUUCAUUAACCACGUUGUGCACUAGACCUAAUAGAGUAGAAUCCACUUAUACUAGAUGAAAUUUCUCCAUCAGAGGUAUUACAACCCUAAUUUAUUUUCUUUCAUUCA